CGCGUUUCAUUGAUAGAUACGAUUAGGCGCUGAAAGCAGGUGUAAACGGUAUUAAAAAAUACCGGAGCUAUUUAAGAGGCUACGACAAAAAUGUCAUAUCAGUAGAGUUGUAAACGUCAAACGAGUGAGACACAAUCGUGAACAAAACCUGUCACACUUUUUGGAAUUAUUUCAGAAAAUAAGUGUUUCGCUUAAAAAAAAGAUAUGAUUUUGAGUGGGGGAAAGUGUUUAUAAAGUAAAAAUCACUCAUAGUUUAAGUAAAAUUGUGGUUAAACAUAUACUAAGCCUUAAGGUACAUCCAGAUAUAACAUCAUCCGGCGACAAUGUUGGGCUCCAAGAAGCAGCAGUUCUACGUGCAGUUCUUGGGCUGGGUGGAGACGAGCGGCCUGCGGGGAACCAGGUACACGGAGCCGGUCAUCAGCGACCUCCGCCGGAAGGUAAACAAGUGGAAGUACGCGCCGAAGCUGACGCUGCAGGUGGGCAAGAAGGAGAUGAAGAUCACACAGGAUAUCCCGGAUGAGAAGAAGAAGGCGAAAAGGAUCAAGACUAUAAAGUUCCCUAUCAUCCCGUCACGCGACAUCACGUUCGCCACGCAGACGUUCAACCCGGUAACGGGCCUGCCAGACGACAUCGUGGCCUGCAUCUACCUCGGAUACGUACCCAGGACGCAGAGGUAUGUACACGUGCACGUAUACCGAUUCGACUCCCCGGACACGGCCACAACGUUCGUUCGGUUUCUCAACCACAUAAUUUCCAUGCAUGCGGACCGCACGGCGGAAAUUGAGCGUCAGCUCGCGCAGCAGGGUCACAUCGAGAGCGCCGCCGAGAUGACCCGAGUGCCCAUCCACGUGCAGCCUCGCACCACCCACAGAAACUUCCGGCUUGAGUCGUCCGACGGCAUGAGUGACCGAGCCUUCUAUGAGGAUUCUGGUGCAGACACAGGUUCCUUCAGCGACGAAGGAUUUCCGUCCGGAAGUGACGAGAUUGAGCCGGAUCUUCAGAGCUUGAAAGACGCCGUUCCAUAUGACUCCGUGACAGACGAACUAAAAGCUCGUCUCCGUUUGAUCGAGACGCAGGAAGCGGCGCCAAUUCUUUUGCCACCAAAAGACUAUGACACAAUCGUACGCCGUCAUGGAGACCUCGACAAAGCCAAACAAAGGAAAUGCUUGCAGAUUCCAAUUGUUGGUGCUCAAAACAAACAGAGGAACGGUUCGAACGAGAGUGGGAUCGAAGUCCCUUCACCAACAAGCUCUGAUGGACAACGGAACUCCUCGGACAUGUCCGAUGAAAAAAUAGCGCCGAUGACAAAUGGUUCCCGCGAGCUUAUGUCGGUCACUAGCCCAAGAAACAAAGACAUUUACCCGCCUAAAGAAUCACCUCUUUCACCAAGGGGUUCAGACACGUCGAGAACAAGUUCCGGCUUCGGCCAAUACCGCGGCGGCCUCUCCCGACAGACUUCCUCCACUUCCGGUGUGAGCAACCGCUCAUCCGAGAAUUUUUCUGCAAUUGACAAGAAGUCAACGGUGAUCUACAACGGCGGGCGACAUAUCACUGAUAUUCCGCCGGCAGAUUACGACGACGACACGCCAGUAAUGCGUCAGAAAUCUGCUGGUAUGUACACUCCACGAGGCGUCACCAAAAGCACGCCGGUUGCGUUGCUGCAACCGGAAAAUGACUACGUGUACGCAGUGGUACAAAAGCGCACCAACCGCCUUAGUGCUACCGCUCAAGUAAAUGCUCCGAUGCAGACACGAGUUGAUAUGGACUAUAAUCGACCCGCCGGACCCACGGGUGUUCGAAGAGUGAAUUCCAUGUACAGAUGAAUAACAAAUAUUAACUACUUAAUAGGUACGCGGAAUUGAUAUGUGUCUGUCUUGGUAAAGACAUAGCGAUCAAGCCGUUGUCCGGAGAGAGACUGCUUCCGGUCGGAUCUGAUGAAUUCUUUAUCCGGUUUAGCUGGCCAGUACACAAACAUCGAACGAAAUUAUUGAUCAGAGACAUUCCUUCUUGGGACAAAUAUAAAUCAAUUUGAAUUGAUUCAUUACACACAAUUAAGUUCGGACGUAUGAGGACUUGACAGAGCACCAAACGUAAACGCUGCCGUUUAUAAGCCGUUGUUUACCUGUUCUUCCAUAGACCUUGCAUCUUGCAUUCACUUGUAAUUCAAUUGUUAAUUAUCGAUUGCAAUAUCUUUUGAUACAUCAUUGUUUUCUUUUUCAAUGUUUGUGCACACUCAUGUUGACAUUGAUGAUCCGUAACGACGGUAACGCACGUGACCUGAAAUCUAACAACCUAUAGUGUUUGCCUUACAGCAUUUGUGUCCGGUUUACCCGGGCAGAUGAUUAAUGGCAAAAACAAAUGAACACACGAGGACACGGAUUUUAAUGUGUCAACUUUGCAUGUCGCAGUUACUUCUAAUUGCCUCGCGUCUUCUUCUGCCUGUAACAUCUGCGAAACAGUUAUUGUCAGAAAGCAAGCAAAUUACCAGUCUAAGUUAGCGUUACUUGACAAAUGAGUACAUGCCCGUGGACACUGUUUUUAUUCGGUACUUGUUGAACAGAACUAAUGACAGCUUCACCAUUUUAUGGUUGAUAAUAUCUUGAUAAACUGACAAUGUCUCUGAGGUACAUUUUACAUUUCAUAGUUAGUUUUCCCGCACUAAAUGUAUGACAAAAGUUGCUUUAUGGGGAACAGAAAUUGUAUAAAAUGUAUAUAUGUUCGUCUUUACGUGCCACAAAAUGUCGCUGUUAUUUGUUAAUUGUAAUAUAUAUUUUACAACGAUUUGUAUGUUUAUAUAAUUAUGUUAUGAAAAUACAGUUUACAGUUUUGUUAAUUAUUUUUGACGCGAGUAAAGGCUUGUUAAGCCCCACCCGAUUUUUGUGCAAUUCUGUUUGUAAUUAAAAUACUUUUCAACGUA